AUGUUCUUGAAAGCCAUCUUGGAUCAAUACCUCCCUCGUCAGCUCAAAGCCUCCGUCGACAAACACUCCCAAAAACAGCUGAAUUUGCUCUCCCCUUACAUCCAAAUCACCUUCAAUGAGUUCACCGGCGAGCGCUUCAAGCGCAGCGACGUCUACGCCGCCAUUGAGACCUACCUCAGCUCCACCUCCGCUGCUCCGGCGCGCCGCCUCAAGGCCGACUCCCUCCGCGACAGCACCCGCCCCGUCUCCCUUAGCUUGGACGACAACGAGGAGGUCGCCGACGAGCACGCCGACGUCAAGAGAGGUUUCUCUUGUGUGACAAAGGUGUGGUGGUCCUCUGGCAUGCACAUCACAAAGAACCAGACCUUUUCCUUCCAACCGAUGAGCGACGAGAAGCGUUUCUACAACCUCCGGUUCCACAAAAAGCACAGAAACUUCAUCAUCGACACUUACCUCUACCAUGUCGUGAAGGAAGGGAAGGCGAUCGAGGUGAGGAACCGUCGCCGGAAGCUCUACACCAACUCCGGCGCGGCGUGGACCCACGUCGCAUUCGAGAGGAGUGGCAUGAGCUGUUUCCGAGGAUCGAGAGGAUGGCUGCCGAAAUGCUUUGUGAAUCGUUUCAAUACAAAAUUGGUGAUGAUAAUUGAAAACCUUAAAAAGCAGGUGGUGGCAUGUUCCACCAGAGGGGGUACAUGA